AUGACACGUACCACAUUGAAACCGCGCCAACGUCAGCCGUUGUGGCUUAUGGACGAUGACAUAUUCCCCACUUCAACUAGUGCGGCCCCUGUUGUCGUUCCUGUUUUUGCGGCCCCUGCUGCCGUUUCUGUUUUUGCGGCCCCAGUUGCCGUUCCGGUUCUUGCGGCCCCUGCUGCCGGUCCUGUCCCGGCGGACCCUGUUGCCGCCCAUGCUUCUACGGCACCCGGUCCUGGCCAUGUAGCUGUGGUGCCUGGCGCUGCCCAUGUACCGGAAGUACCCGGUGCCCUUCACGUUCCUGCUCCCGCGGCACCCUGUGCCGUGCAAGCCGUGGCGACGUGUGUUUUCGAGGAUCCCUUGGCCUUAGCUGUUUUGAGGUGGGACGAAAUGGAAGAACUCUCCUUUCUGGAUAUGGAGUACCCCGUUCCGCGGAGGUUUAGGUCCGGGCGAGGCUACUUGGAUGUGCUGAACAUAGAUAGUGAAGCUUUCCGCCAUCAGUUUCGUUUUGAGCAGAUGGACUUAAUGGAGCUGUGUAGCGCGCUGCGAGUCCCUCAUACAAUUAGGACGGCCCAGAACGUCGCCAUCCCCGGGCAGGAAGCUCUGUGUAUUCUUCUGCGGAGACUCUCCUACCCCAACCGCCUCUGCGACCUGGAAGGCAUGUUUGGCCGCCACUCUUCGACACUUUCGAGUGCGACGACCGUGGUGCUAAACCAUUUGACGUCCACGUUCGGGCAGCUGACCGCGGAUCUGUCAGCUCACACGUGGUUGAACCGUGCAAGCUUGGACGAGUUCUCCGAGGCGGUCCGCGCGAAGGGGGCACCUCUUCAGAAUUGCUGGGGUUUCGUUGAUGGAACGGCCCGCCCCAUCUGCCGACCCACGGAGGACCAGCGGCUUUAUUUCUCUGGCCACAAGCGUGUGCACGCCAUCAAGUACCAGGGCGUCAUGUGUGCCAACGGCAUCAUCGUGGAGAUGAAUGGCCCUUACCCGGGACACCGACACGACGCCGGUAAGUCAAUAGCAAAAACUCGGAAAUCGUAACCUACAGGUUCUUGGAAGAAGCGCUCAUAAAUAGAGGAACAGCCUCUAUCACAGCCAAAAUAAGUUGAAACGCCACAGGCAAGACCCGUGCUGCUAUCAAGGCAGCCUGUGGAAUUGUUCUGCAAACUGUGAUGGGCGCCGUGGCCAACACAGAGU